UCUUCCAUCUUUAUUACUUCCAUUGAGCUCUCCACCUCCCCUGUCUUUACGUUUUUUCAUUUCUGCGCAGAGCGGCAUUGCUCUCUGCUCUCGGACUACUUGCAGCAGGCCAAUACGUUGAUCGGCUCAUUGUUUACGUCGUAGUCUGGGCUGCCCUUUUCCGAACCGCUUCUGUGCUCAGCAAAAUUUGCUCACUGUAAUAGUUUAUUUAUUUAUUUUUCCACUUCAGUAUUCUGCUUAGUCGGUGAUCCGUUCGGUGUCGGCUGUAAGGACAGGGAGGGAGGGAGAGAGAUCUUUGGCCGAUAAUAUUGUAUCCAUCGUAUCGGCACAGCUUCUAUUGACGUCUUGUUUGUAUCCCUAAACGUGGCGCUGUUUCGACUACCAUCUGUGCGACGUCUCUGUUGCCGCGUCUGUUCAGCACGUUUUUCACCUAGGGUGUGGCUCUAUCUUCCUGAAGGAUUAUCCCCUCGAGAGAUUUUGAUAUGUAUAACAGUGAGUGAUCGGGCAUUACCGGCGUAUGAGGAAGCAGGUGUUUGGUUUGGUGGUGGCCUGUUAUCCGUGGCUGUCUUGGAUAGGUAUUGACUAUAAGGAGCUGUGCACCUCCAGUGCAGGCAAUGUGGUGGUCGUGUAGCUGAGAGUAGAAGACAACGCAGGACAGCGUCAAGUGAAUCAAUUUGGCUCAUUCUGGAAGCAGGGAUAUCGGAUCUCUUAGUGAAAGCGUUGGAGGCUGCUACUUCUCAAAAGCCUAGAAUCUUAAAAUAUUUCUCUGCCGUAGCUCUUAUCGCCCUGUUUUCGAUCUUCCUUCAGGUCUCAUCGUUGUGCAUAUCAACAAAUCCUAAACGGUAGAGCUUAGAUGCGAGAAGGGUUUGCUAGGACAUUCGGUUUUGCCUGAGUUACGCACUUUUACGCCUGUGUCGGGGCAAAGUACUACACAAUGGCUGAACUAUCUGGUGCACCUCCUCAAAGGAGAUUUAAAGGCAUCUAUUCGGAUUACGCCGCACGCCUAGGCUCCCGAGAAUCGUUCAAGAAAGACGUUGCUCUUCGGCACUACUUCCCCAUCCUAGUCACUAUUUCUCGAGCCUUCUUGAUUUUACUUUUUGCGACUUUGGUUGUAUUUACUUUGGGCUUCUCCGGAUCAUCAGCUAUUCUUCGAAAAGCAAACGAUUUCGGACGACAGUGCUCACCGAAGAGGGGAAGUGUGCCACCACACUUUCACCAACUCAAGUUCGCUAUGGUUACAUGCUCCGACGGUGCUUCAACUAUUCCUGGAAGAUCUUUUGAGGGUGUGAUGGAAAUAGUUGCGCCAAAUAAAAAGGCGUAUGUGGAAAGGCAUGGUUACGAGUUCAUUGACGCCAGUAGCUUGUUGGAUUCUUCUCGACCUCCCAGCUGGAGCAAGAUUUUGGCUGUCAAGGAGCACCUCACGAAGUACGACUGGGUGUUUUGGAACGAUGCGGACUCGGCCGUGACUAAUCCCAGUAUCAAGCUUGAGGACAUCGUCUUCUCAGCCGUUGGUGAUGUGAAACAUGAAGUGAUGCCUGACUUUAUUGUAACAGAAGAUGUGACUGGUGUCAAUGCAGGAAUGUUUUUUUUCCGCAACUCUGAUUGGAGCCGAGAGUUCCUUGAUCGUUGGUGGAAUCAGACUGAUUUUAUUCAGCCUUUCGGCAAAUCAAAAAGUGGGGACAAUACCGCCCUGAAGCACCUCAUCAGUACGAUGGACAAAGAUGAGUAUGAUCAACAUGUGCGAGUUCCUGAAAUGCAGUGCCUUUUCAAUUCGAACCUAUGGAGACCUUCUUGGAGGAGCUGUCACCGUUUGGUUACUUUAACUAAGGCUGUCUGGAAAGGUGUUUACGCACGUGGGGAUUUUAUGGUUCAUUUGGCUGGAUUGAACGACAAAACGAAGUGGAUGAAGAAUGUUUUACGUGAAACAGAUUCGUGGGGGAAUCAAAUAGCUUUAAGUGAGAGAGUACAGACGGAAAACAGAAUCUUACGGUCUAGGAAAGAGCUUAGUUUGGCGCCCUCAGAAUUGACGAUUUGAAGAGAUUAGGUUAUUCUUGAAGAGAUUAGGUCAUUUGAAGAUGCUGCUAUUGCCUGGGAAGGCCAAGUGACAUUCAGAAUGUGAGAUGUUGCGAUCACAUUCUCAUUCCCAAUUUUUAUUGCCCAACGACAAAGGUGCAACAGUGUCCACUGGGAGCGUACAAGAAGGGCAACUCUUAGCACGUGGGUAGGCUCACAUAGUUAGGUAGAAGGUUUCGAUUCAAGGCGAAAUUCAUUGAUGCAAAGACAUUUGAAGUCUUUGAACGGUCAUUCAUGCAUGGUUUACUCUCAGAGAGCCUCAGGUUUAUUCUCCUACGUGCAUUUUAACUACACGCUUCCCGUCUGUACGAUUCAGGACAUCUAUCAUUUUUUUCCGAUAAAAAUCGCCUUGAACAAGACAAGCCGGAUUCACUUUAAAUGGGGUCCAUGAGACUAGGUUGAUGCUGGUCACACCUUAAGUAGAUGCAUCAAAUGGCAUUGAUUUGCCGUAGGUCUUAGAGAGGGUUACUGUAACAUUAUAAAUUUUUUGCCUUGACAGUAAUAGCCAGACUGCUCAGGAUCAUGCCAUAUGUUCUAGGAAUUCUUUUAGUACAGUCUGGCUUAACGAAGAGGCCUGCUCCUAUUGGUUUUGUAUACAAUUUUCUAAUUAUACACAGUGCGUUUUCACUUGUGAAUGCGAAAUGCAGAUUCUCUAUU